GAGAAAGGUGAAACAGAGAGCAACUCCGCCGACUAGCGACUGGCCGUUUUCCACCACUGUGCUUUACUUGCGGACAACAAGGAAAGCGGAGGACAAAAGCAACAUGGACAGCACGUGGCGAGCACUUGAACUUCGCACGUGAGAUGGGCGUGUGUCACGCCAACUCCUUGUCCUCGACUUCGACAGUAGGCGCCCACAUAGAUCGAGAACUCAAGUGGCACUCAACGAAAUCCGCAGACAUGUCCAACCAAGUCAUGCAAGUCGGCCCCUCCUGGCGUGGACUGGCUGCCAUCAAGCGCCUUAUGGUCUUUGGCGACUCGUACAGCGCUGUCGGUGCGCCCAUAGAGGCCCCACGCACCGCCGCUCAUCCUCUCGGCGUACCAUUCCCUGGCCCUGGCUGCUUCACCGACUACGACAACGCACGCCACAGAAGCCGGCCCAACUGGGUCGGCCACUUCAUCACACAGUAUGCGCCGGAGCCUCGCUAUCGCGACAUCGCCGGUAUCCAGGCGCAAUACCCAGGCUACACGCAGGAGCAGGACCCUGCGUACGCGCGCGAUCCACUGCUCGUGUAUGACUACGCGCGCGGAGGGAAGACGAUCCCGGAGGUGAUAUCGCAAAUCGAGGACCAGUUCUUGCCUAGGUUGGGGAAAUGGUGCAGAACGCAGCCGGCUGAGGGGGCCGGCAAAGGCGGAGAUGCAGCGAAGGUGUGGACGUCGGAGAAUGCGCUUUUCGUGACCUGGGUGGGCAUCAAUGACUGCGCGUUUGGGUCGACCCGGGAAGCCCGCGAAGAGGCCUUCCAACAACUCUUCGCAGCCCAAGACGACCUCUACCAGGCCGGCGCCCGCAACUUUGUAUUUAUCGACGUGCCGCACAUCAACAGAAGUCCUGCAGGCGAGUUUCCCAUCUCACUUGACCCUACAUCCUCCCUGAAACCACUUCACAUUCAACUCCCUUCAAUCCACUCCCUUGAAGAUUAUUCUAACCACCUCCCAGUGCCCAUCUCCCAUAAAGACAGAUCCGAGCGCUACGACGAAUACAACGCCAUGCUCGCAGCCCACGCGCGCCGAUUCGCCACCGCGCACCCCGACGCCACCGUCCUCCUCUUCUCCAGCGCGCGCACGCUCGACCGCGUUUUGGACGAUCCGGACAUCUUCGGGUUCCCGCAGGGGGAUGCGCGCGAGCCGUUCAGCACGAUUUGGACGGACCAGCUGCAUCCGACGAGCGCCGUGCACGAUGUGUUCGCAAUGGAUAUUGCGGACUUUUUGUAUGGCGUAGGCGCAAGUAUGUGAAGAGUCAGAGUGUAAAGGUGCCAAUAUGGCGUGGCUGUAGCGUAGAAGGAACAUUUUCCGGUGUAUGAGAGUACAGCAAUAUAGCUCAC